AUGCAUCUCGCAGAGUACCUGUUCCGCCGUCUGUACCAAAUUGAUAUCAGAGCCGUGUUUGGCAUUCCAGGAGAUUUCAACCUCAAGGCCCUUGACUACAUAGACGACUGCGGUCUGAACUGGAUUGGCAACGUAAAUGAACUCAAUGCUGGUUAUGCUGCCGAUGGAUAUGCUCGGAUCAAAGGAAUUUCAGCAAUCGUCACCACAUUUGGAGUUGGCGAACUUUCUGCCAUUAACGCCAUUGCUGGUGCCUGCGCUGAGCUUGUUCCCAUAAUCCAUAUUGUUGGAUUCCCAUCUGCCCUUGCUCGAGAGAACAAGCUACCCAUACACCAUUCGCUCGCAGAUGGUGAUUUCGACUUAUUCAUGAAGAUGAGCGAACGGAUUUCUAGCGCGACUAUUCUUUUGGAUGACCCGUUAGAGGCAACCAAGCUGAUUGAUGAUACAAUCAUUCAGUGCUAUCGUUCCAGCAAGCCGGUCUAUAUCGGAUUCCCAAUGGAUAUGGUGCAAGUGGACAUUGAUUCAUCUCCCCUUGAACACCCGUUACUGUUGCGACUCGCGACAUCUGAAUUCACGAAUGCAGAAGAAACAGCCGUGAAAACAAUUCAGAAUCGCGUGUCUCAAGCACAGAAUCCAAUAAUCAUCGUCGAUAGUCUGGCUAGUCGAUACCAAAACCUUGAAGCCAGCCGAGCUUUUGUUGAGAAUUCAAGUCUCCCUUGCUUCUGUUACCCAAUGGCCAAAGGAAUUAUCAAUGAAAGUAUACCUAACUUCCGAGGCGUGUAUUGUGGCGAUGUUUGCAGAAAAGAAGUCCAGGAACAAGUGAAAUCUAGUGACCUAAUUCUUCUGCUUGGACAUCGCCCAACCGAUCUGAAUAACGGAGGUUUUCAGGAUGAUUUGCCAGACGUGGAAAAAAUUGUUUUCCAGCAAGAUAGUGUGCAUAUAGGAGAAACUGUCCAUAACAAUCUUCACUUGGAGAAUGUUCUCGGAAAGUUGUCUGACAUUAUUUCCGAAUCACCUUCAAAUUCAUCGCCGUCUUCUACACCCAGUGGAAUAUCAUCUCCGCCAAGCUCAGUUGCCAGUGGUGAAGAAACCCUGAGCUUCUCCUUGAAGGAAUCUGUUCAAACGAUGAGAGAUAGCACAAUCGAUCCGACCUCUGCAGUAACACACGAUUGGCUGUGGAAGCGCGUCGGUUCAUGGCUAGAAGAGAAUGACAUCCUCGCAAUGGAUGUUGGAACAUCAUCUUUUGGCGGCCUCUGGUGUCGCUACCCACGUGGUGUUCAACCUAUCUUCCAGCUUCUCUGGUGCUCAAUCGGAUUCGCCAUGGGCGCAACAGUGGGUGCUGCCAUAGCAGCGCGGGAACAAGAGCAAGCAUCUGAAAACUCACUCCGGCGACGAACGAUCCUUUUCACCGGAGACGGAAGCCUCCAGAUGACAGCGCAGGAGAUAAGCACACUCGUUCGCCAAGAGCUGAGUCCGAUCAUUUUUGUGAUUUGUAACGAUGGAUACACGAUUGAGCGCUACAUUCAUGGCUGGGAUAAGAGUUAUAAUGACAUCCAGCCUUGGAAUUAUCGGCUUCUUCCCACUGUUUUCAAUGCGAAGCCUGGUACAAUGAGAACAUACAGUGUUCGCACGAAGGGCGAGCUAGAAACACUGCUGGCAGAUGAUCAGUUUGGCUCGGCAGAGAGCUUUGGUGAAGAUAAUCCUGAGCCAUUGCGUCUUGUGGAGAUCCAUAUGGACAAGCAUGACGCGCCCCAAACCAUUCCGGAUACGAUUGCUGGCAUUAAUGGAAAGAAGUGA